GAAGUUUUAGAGGGAUACAGAGAGAGAGUAGCUAUGGCGUCUUGUAGGGUUCCUGGUGUGCUCUUGAUGUGUGUUUUCGUGAUUUUAUUAUCGACUGUAUUUUCGAUCUCUUCUGCUUCUGAGGAGGAGAAAGAAUAUGUAUUGACGUUGGAUCACUCAAAUUUCUCGGAGAUUGUGUCUAAACACAAGUUCAUCGUCGUUGAAUUCUAUGCUCCUUGGUGUGGUCACUGUAAGAAUCUCGCUCCAGAGUAUGAAAAAGCUGCAUCAGUGUUGUCAGGUAACGAGCCUGCAAUUGUCUUGGCCAAAGUUGAUGCCAAUGCCGAAGAAAACAAAGGACUUGCAGAGCAAUUUGAGAUACAAGGCUUCCCCACAAUCAAGAUCUUGCGAAACGGAGGAGAAAAUGUUCAGGAAUAUAAAGGCCCUCGAGAGGCUGAUGGUAUAGUGACUUACUUGAAGAAGCAAACUGGUCCUGCGUCAAAGGAAAUAAAAACUGCAGAAGAUGCAGAUAGACUUAUUGAUGGCAAAAAGAUCUUUAUAGUAGGAAUUUUCCCCAAAUUUUCUGGGGAAGAAUUCGAGAAUUUUUUGAUUGUAGCUGAAAAGUUGCGCUCAGACUAUGAUUUUGGCCAUACUACAAAUGCUGAGCUCAUUCAUCGUGGGGAAUCAUCAGUUUCUAAGGCAACUGUUAGGCUACUAAAGCCAUUUGAUGAACUUUUUGUUGAUUUCAAGAAUUUCGAGGUUGAUGCUUUGGAGAAGUUCAUUGAAGAAGGUAGCAUUCCUCUUGUCACACUCUUUGACCAAAACCCUGACAACCAGCCGUUUCUAAACAAAUACUUUGGAAGUCCAGAUGAAAAGGCAAUGCUGUUCCUGCAUUUUAGUCAUGACCAAAUUGAUAAUUUCAAGUCAAAAUACAAUGAAAUUGCUGGCCUAUACAAAGGGAAAGGACUAAAAUUCCUUUUGGGUGAUGUUCUAGCUAGUGAAAGUGCCUUUCAGUUUUUUGGGCUUACAGAAGAUCAAGCACCUGUUCUCGUUGUACAGAACAACAAAGGUCUCAAGUUUAUUAACCCAAACGUGGAAAUUGAUCAAAUCGCUCCUUGGUUGAAAUCUUAUGUGGAUGGAAAGCUUAAACCAUCUAUAAAGUCUGAGGCUAUUCCGGAAACUAACGAUGAGCCUGUGAAGGUGGUAGUUGCCAAGAGCCUCAGAGACAUGGUUUUGGACUCCAAAAAGAAUGUUCUCUUAGAAAUCUAUGCACCAUGGUGUGGGCACUGCAAAAAACUGGCUCCAAUAUUGGACGAAGUUGCUGUCUCGUUUGAGAAGGAUGCUGAUGUCGUGGUUGCAAAAUUGGAUGGAACCAAAAAUGAUGUUCCAAGUGACAUAAUUGAAGUUAGAGGUUACCCAACUCUGUACUUUAAGUCUGCAAGUGGUAGUAAAUAUGUGGCAUAUGAGGGAGAUAGGAGUAAGGAAGACAUCAUCGAGUUCAUUCAAAACAACCGUGAUGCUGCUACUUCUGAAUCCAUCCUCAAAGAUGAGCUUUGAAAGAUUUAUGAGUGUUUUUUUGUUUCUUCUUUUAAUUCGGUAGUUGUAUGUCAUGUGGUCCUUAUAUAACUAGAGUUUUCUUCUGAGAUAUGAAGCUAAGUUUCAUGUUAUUUGCCAAUAUG